AGUCAUUUGCUGCGGCUGAGCCUGUCCCGUGGCCAAGAUGAUCCUGACACUGCUGCUUGGUCUCGGGGGGCCCCUAGGCUGGGGACUGCUGGGGGCUUGCGCCCAGGCUUCAGGUAACAGGUUCUCUGAUCCACACAGCCCAAGGCCGCCUGCCUUCUGGAGGGCAGAGGCUGAGGACAUCGGCAGGGACCCCAACAGACGUAACUGGUGCCCUUACCAGAAGUCUAGGCUGGUCACCUAUAUAGCUGCUUGCAAAACGGAGCGAUUCCUUGUCCACUCACAGCAGCCAUGUCCACAGGAGACUCCGGAUUGCCAGAAAGUCAAAGUCAUGUACAGCAUGGCUCACAAGCCGGUGUACAAGGUCAAGCAGAAGGUUCUGAACUCCGUGGCCUGGAGGUGCUGCCCAGGCUUUUCGGGCCCUGACUGCCAGCACCACGACCCCACGGCGAUCCUUGAGCCCGAAGAUCCAGGUGAUGGCCUCCAGGAGCCUUGGGAUGGGCCAGCCGGCUUUGAACCCGGCCACCCGGAUGUGGAGACCAGCAACACCAUGGUGCCGCAGGAGGAUCUCCAGAAUGACCUUCACCAGGCGGCAGACAGCCUCCUGGGCCUGUGGAAGGCCCUGGAAGGCAACCUCACAGCUGCAACCAUGGAGGCCAAUCAGACAGAGCCUGUGUUUUCUGGCGGAUCCUUGGAGCAGGCGCUACUGCCUCACAUGGACGCCUUCCUGCGAGUGCAUUUUGGCCCCAUUUGGAGGAGCUUCAAUCAAAGCCUGCACAGCCUCUCCCAGGCCAUAAGAAACCUCUCUCUUGACGUGGAGGCUAAUCAGCAAGCCAUCAGGGGGGUCCAGGAGAGCACCGUGGUCAGGGCUGACUUCCAGGAGCUUGGUGCCAAAUUUGAGACCAAGGUGCAGGACAACGCCCAGAGAGUGGGCCAGCUGCGGCAGGACGUGGAGGACCGCAUGCACGCCCAGCACCUCUCUCUGCAGCAGUCCCUCUCCGAGGUCCACGCGGAUGUGGACGCCAAGUUGAAGAGGUUCCUUAAGGCCCAGGCGCCUGUGGGGGCCAACGGCAGCCUGGUCCCCGCGUCGGCGGGGGCAGCGGCAAGGCCGGAACCCGAGAGCCUGCAGGCCAGGCUGGGCCAGCUGCAGAGGAACCUCUCGGCGCUGCACGUGGCCACCAGCCUCAGGGAAGAGGAGGUGCGCGGCACCCUGGCGGACAUGCGGGCCACCCUGGCGCAGCACGUGCUGGAGAUCAAGGAGCUGUACUCGGAAUCCGACGACACCUUCGAUCAGAUCAGCCAGCUGGAACAGCAGCUGCUGGAGCUGCAGGUGAACCACACGGCGCUGCGCGAGCUGCGGGUGAUCCUGAUGGAGAAGUCGCUGAUCAUGGAGGAGAAUAAGGAGGCGUUGGAGCGGCAGCUGCUGGAGCUCAACCUCACCAUCCAGCACCUGCAGGGCACCAACGCCGACCUCAUCAACUACGUCAAGGACUGCAACUGCCGGAAGCUCUACUUCGACGAGGUCGCCACGCGCCUCCUAUGGCUGGCUAACACGCUCCUUUCAAUGGAAAGAACACCAGAAAUCAGGAGUCCAAGGACAUCUGCCAAUCCCCAGCAGGUGGCAGUAGUCGGGGAGUCAGAGACCCAGUUCCUGUCCCAGCUUGCCAUUGGCAAGCCCCGUUGCUUUGGACAAGCGAGCUCCCCCGUGGCCUUCUAUGCCAGCUUUUCGGGAGGGACGACUGCCCUGCAGACAGUGAAGUUCAACACUACUUACAUCAACAUUGGCAGCAGCUACUUCCCCGAACAUGGCUACUUCCGAGCCCCCGAGCGUGGGGUCUAUCUGUUUGCAGUGAGCAUUGAAUUUGGCCCAGGCCCAGGUACAGGGCAGCUGGUGUUUGGAGGUCGCCAUCAGACCCCCGUCGCUUCUGCAGAGGAGCGGAAAGGGGGAAGCACAGCGACAACCUUUGCCAUGGCCGAGCUGCAAAAAGGUGAGAGAGUGUGGUUUGAGUUAACCCAGGGAUCGCUGAUACAGAGAAACCCGCCAGGCACGACAUUCGGGGGAUUCCUUAUGUUCAAGACCUGAGCACUGGACACAGCCCCGACCAGAUGUUGCGAACUUGCCCAGCUCUCCUCGGCCUGGAGCCCUGGCCGGGGUUGGUCUGGAGACCAUCCGGUUGGCCCAGCUCUUCCUGGAAAACUUCUGCAAAGACAAUGUGGUGUAUGUGGCCUCCCUCUAGAUGCACCGGGUUUCGCUAUUUCUUACUGACAAGAAGCACCGGAAUGCUUCUCUCUGGGCAGACUUGGCCUGGAAAGUGUGAGCAUUAGCUUGGUGCGCCCUCCGAGGCCACCUGGCUUUGACUCCGGCUGUCUCUUUGCCACACCCUGUGUUCCACAGCCUCGUGGGUGCUGCUCCUCCUGUGGUUGGAAACUGUAAGCCUUCCUCCCGCUUCUUCUCCCUACCUUAUGCUAGACCACCAUUCUUUCCCGGAAGGGGUAUGUUCAAAAUGGAGGUGACGUUUUGGACAAUGUUGGAAACCAGUCUCUACCCACUGCGGGCCAGGAGGAGAAAACCAACCUGUUUGGCUUUUAUUAGACGUGGGGACAAAGGCCUCACUGAGUGACUGAAGGAACGAAAUUAUUAUAUUCUUAGUUUCAGUCCUUCCUUGAAUUUAUCUGUAACCUUAAUUUCACUUCUUUUUCUCCUUGUUUCCAGAAGAUCAAGGCCAAGGCAUGCCAAACAUGAACUAAAAUGUGUACAAUCUUCACCCUU